GUCGAUCAACACGCCAGGUCCCACCAGUGCACGCGAAUCAGAGACGGAGAGGAAAUGACUCGUCUGAGUUUUGUUCUUGCUUUGCUCAACCACAAGAGGUACUGCCAAGCAGUCGCACGACUGCCGUCGUCGUCUGCCCUCCUGUCGCACCGUGGCGGAGCUCGCCGGGUUUGCAUUGACGGAUCUGCUGCUUCUCCGGGAACCAGAUCUGGUGGCUCCGGCGGUACCAAAACCCGCACCAGAGCUCGUCAAGCCUCCCGCCGCGCCAGAUCCACCUCCGCUAGUACCACCAAAAGUCGUCGAUCUUGUCGCAAAUCCGGAUCUGCUACCUCUUCUGCAUCCCGAUCUCGUCGCUCCGCUAGUAGCAAAGUAGCCAAAUCUCAUGGCUCCGCCGGUAACCGAGCCGCGUCACUCCGCCGCGCCAGAUCUGACAGAGGCCUGCUCGUACGUGCAUUCCCGUCCUCGCCGGCGAACCGCGGUGCUGCUUGGAGCCAGAUACGUGCUCACCGUCUGGCGGCAGUUCCUGGUGACGCGGCUGCCUCUCUGCGUAAGCGAUGUGCUGCUGCGUUCAACCGAAGUGACAUUGCUCUUUAGCCUAUGACGGUCAACACUUCAUUUCCUAUGAAUCUGGCGCUGUCCAGCCCCGUGAGCGAGAAGAUCCUGAAGGUUAAAGAAGGUGAUAAGUCGCAUUAUACAGCAACUCUGAAUAGGAAUGGAAGAGGUGUCUAGUAGAAAGCAUUGGAAUACUCUAAGGCGACAUGUUGACUUUUACACUGAGGAUGGUAGGUUGCUGUUGAGAGGUUUAACCCUGAAAAGCAAGGUUGUUAACCCGCGAGUUGACCCACUUUGACCCUGACACGGUGAGAAAAACGGGCCGCACGCACCCGCCGGGUCUGAAGGUUAAAGAAGGUGAUAAGUCGCAUUAUACAGCAACUCUGAAUAGGAAUGGAAGAGGUGUCUAGUAGAAAGCAUUGGAAUACUCUAAGGCGACAUGUUGACUUUUACACUGAGGAUGGUAGGUUGCUGUUGAGAGGUUUAACCCUGAAAAGCAAGGUUGUUAACCCGCGAGUUGACCCACUUUGACCCUGACACGGUGAGAAAAACGGGCCGCACGCACCCGCCGGGUCGACCGCCACAAGGUACCGGGUUGGAGGUCAAAUUGUGUCAUUUUUUUCUUUGUUUUGCGAAAUGCGCCUAUUUUCCGAAUUUUCUUUUCGCCUAACUCAAUCUUUGGAAUUCUAAGUUGAACAUUUGAAUAUUAAUGUUAUAUAAGUGUGUGUGAAUUUUCACUAUAUGUUGAAUCUAAGCACGAAAUGUAAUUUUGGUGUAAUAUUAAAUGUUAUAACUCAUAUGUUAGAUGAGAUUUGAUAUAAUUUAUCAGGAUAAGUAAAAUAUAAUGACACUUUUCAUAUUUCCGGGCUAAAAUGGGUGACCCACUAGUUCAACCGGGUUCGGGUCAACCCGCGGGUUGACAACCUUGCUGAAAAGUCUUAAAUAGGAUGGUAAGUUUUAGUAGAAGGCCUAGUAGUUUAGUGGUUUCUAUUAGGGAUGGCAAAUUACCCACCCAUGGGUAAUUAUACCCAAAACUAAGUAGACCCAUUGAUAAUGGGUUGGGUAUGGGUGAAGUGCAUAUGGAUUUUGAGGUUUAUAGAUGGGUUUGGGUUUGGGGCUUCCAUAAUCUAAAUGGGUAUGGGUUGGAUAUGGAUAUCCAUUUACUUGAGGGUGUUUUAACUACACAUGCAAAACUUGGACCUAUUUGCAAAACUUGAAAAGUUUAGGUACCAAAAUGUAAGACCAAAAAAAUUUAGGUACCAAAACGUAAAUUUCCAUCGAUAUUUUGAGGACUUAUAUGAAAAAAAAAUUAAAUUUAGGUACUAAAUAUGCAUGUCUAUUAAGUUUGGGUACCAAACUGUAAUUUGUAUUUGGGCAUGGGUACAAACCCAAAUCCAUUUGAUAUAAACCCAACUCAACCCAAAGUAAAUGGGUAUGGGUACAAACCCAUCAAACUCUACCCAUAUCCAUCUAUUUGGAUUUCAUACCCAACCCAAUUGGGUUGGAUAGUAAGAAACCCAUGGGUAUGGGCAAAUUUGCUAUCCCUAGUUUCUAUGCCAAAACCCUACUGCUCUCCGUAGUGAUUCGCGUGCUUUACGAUUUGUGGGUGUGGCGAUCGAUGCAGAUAAUAAUAAUAUGAUUAAUAAACUUGUUACCUAUGUCGAAUUUCGUGCCAAUGGAAAUGGUUCGGCCUUUCGGCCCAUAUUUGGCCCACCACAUUCGGAUAAAACUUAUGUAUGGGUUCAAGGCCCCAGUCAAAUUUAUGGCUGAUAACAAAUUGCACUUUUGUGGCCUACAUUGCUGAGCCCAUGGGUUUUGGAAGAAAAAAAACGUGACAUGUCUCAAGUGAACUCUGAUUUUCUUAAUCACUAGCAUUGGGCCCGGCCCGUUGGCCGGGUUUGUUUGUGAAAAUUGAGGAACACCAUGAGAUCUGAAAAGUAUGAUCUGCCACUAAAAUUCAUGUGAUUCAAAAUCUUGAUGAAACAAAUUCAAUGUCAACAUGAAAAAGCCAAAAUACAUACAUAGUAGUGUA